AUGUCAGGCGUUGGGGAAAUUUUGAAAGCGGUCGAUGAUUUUGGGCCGUUUCAGAAAUGGCUGGUGCUGCUCACCUUGUUUCCCUGCCUCAGUGUGGCUUUCCACCAGUUUUGCCAACUUUUUAUGGUUCCACACGUGCCACAUCACUGCGACACCAGCUGGAUCCGUGCCACGGGCCCCAACCUGACGGAGGAAGAGCAGCUGAACCUCACCCUGCCCCGGGACGCGGAUGGGGUGUACGAGCAGUGCUCCAUGUACUCGCCGGUGGACUGGGACCUCGACUCCAUCAUGGCGCAUGGCCUGAACGCCACGGAGAAAUGCAGCAGUGGCUGGGUGUACCCCUCAGCACAACCGCCGUCCCUGCUGACCGAGUUUGACCUGGUAUGUGACAGGAAGGAGCUGAACGACAUCUCCCAGUCCAUCUACAUGCUGGGGCUGUUCCUAGGAUCCAUGAUCUUUGGGCCACUCAGUGACAGGAUCGGCCGCCGGCCAGUCAUUCUGAUCUCCGUCUUCCUCCAGGGCUUGUUUGGUGUAGGAAUUGCCUUGGUGCCCCAUUUCUAUGUGUACAUGGCUUUCAGGUGUGUCGUGGGGGCUUCAGUGUCAGGGAUCACCAUGACGAUACUGGCCUUAGCUACAGAAUGGAUUGGUGUCUCCUCGCGACCAAAGGCAGUGCUGAUUUCUCACUGCUGUUUUGCCAUCGGACAGAUGCUUUUGGCUGGCUUGAGUUAUGGCAUUCGCAACUGGAGGCUGCUGCAGAUAACGGGAUCUGCUCCUAUAUUUGCCUUUUUCUUCUCCAUUCAGGUGCUACCAGAAUCAGCUCGGUGGCUGGUGACAAAAGGCAGAAUAGAAGAAGCUAAGAAGGUCCUUCAGAAGGCAGCGUCCAUCAACAAGCGCACCAUUCCACCAGCACUCCUUGAGCAGUUGAAGCCUGAGAACCAGACCCAGUCUGGAAGUACUCUGGACCUCUUUCGUAAGAAGCACCUCCGGAAGGUGACUUUAAUCAUGUCGUGUGCCUGGUUUGUGAACAGCCUUGUCUACUACGGGCUGAGUCUGAACGUGACAAAUUUUGGUCUGGACAUCUACCUGACACAGCUUGCGUUUGGAGCAGUGGAAAUCCCAGCCCGUGUUGGUUGUAUCUUCAUGCUUCAGUGGUUUGGGAGGAAGAAAACCCAAGCUGUUCUCCUGCUGCUGAGUGGCCUGGUGUGUCUGAUCAUCACUGUCAUCCCUGAAGACCAGCCUGUGGUGACCACCAUCCUGGCCACCGUUGGCAAAUUUACUGCCUCGGCCUCCUUCUCCACCUCCUAUGUCUACUCCGCAGAGCUCUUCCCCACCGUCAUCAGGCAGACUGGCGUGGGGCUGUGCUCGAUGUCGGCGCGGGUGGCAGGGAUCAUGGCCCCACUGAUCCGCCUCCUGAGCCAGUACCACCGGGCCAUCCCCAUGGCCAUCUUCGGGAGUGCCCCUGUGGUGGUGGGGCUGCUCUGCUUCCUGCUGCCUGCUGUUCCUGUGCUGCCCCUCAGGAAGGGACAUUGGGUCUGUGAAAAUGCCAACAGCAGCCCUGAAAAUGGACACGUGAAAGGAAAAGAUGGUGGCCAAGACAAAGACUACACAAAGACCACUUACUUCUAG